AUGCUUGUUCGUGCCAACAAGCCUAAACCAAUCUACAGGGCUACAGAAAUUGCUACUUCACGUAACCAUUUGGUAUAUUAUACUCCGCCAUACCACCCCGAACUACAGCCCAUUGAGCUUAUUUGGGCUAACAUAAAGGGUGGCAUCGCGGACGACCCUGCUUCCGAUAUGGCGGAGCUUCGUUCGAAGAUCGACGCUGGAUUUGCAUCUCUAGUCUCAGAUACCUGGACAGAUGCAUAUCAGCACGCUCAAGACUACAAGCAAAAGCACCUGCAGUUGGCGGACGAGUGUGAACUCGUAUCCGAUUCAAAAGAAAGUGAGCAUGAAAGCUGUGAGGGCUCCGAUGUCAGUGACUGA